AUGUAUCGUCAGAUACUAGUUGCUCGCGUACUUUGGAGAGAAAGUCCAUCCGAUCCACUACGAGUGCUGCAACUCAACACUGUGACGUACGGUACAGCAUCCGCACCGUUUCGAGCCAGCCGUUGCCUGAUGAAGCUCGCCGAAGACGAAGCCGCCGAAACACCUUCUGCAGCUCGCGUUCUGCAAGAAGACUUUUAUAUGGAUGACGCACUGUCUGGUGCAGACACAAUCGACGACGCCGUUGAUAUUCAGCAACAGUUGCAGAAGUUGCGAAGCAAAGAAGAAUGUCGCGAGAAACAAAUGUCGAUUCCGGAAUAUGGAGCAAACGAAGCGAUUAAGUUGCUUGGAUUACUGUGGGAUCCACGAAAUGACAUAUUCUUCAUCACGAAUCCCUUCCGCCAACAAGCGACGAACGACAAUGUUACCAAGAGGAGCAUCUUCUCAGAAAUAUCGAAAUUGUUCGAUCCCAUAGGAAUAAUAGCUCCAGUCAUCGUGACAGCGAAGCUCUUAGUACAGCAGUUGUGGAAAGCGAAACUUGAAUGGGAUGAGUCAGUGAAUAUCGAGUGCUUACAUCAAUGGAAGGAACUUAAAACGGAAUUGCCACUGCUAACCCAUAUCAACGUACCCAGGUGUGUAACAUUCGACAAUGUGGUGUCAUUUUCGCUCCAUGGUUUUGCAGAUGCAUCUUCAGUUGCCUAUGGUGCUUAUAUUUACCUGCGCAAUGAAUUUGCCGAUGGUUCCGCUAAACUACGUCUGUUAAGCAGCAAAUCGAAAGUAGCACCGCUUCACGAGCUUUCGAUUCCACGAAAAGAGUUGUGUGCUGCUCUUCUGCUCACACGAUUAUUACAACGAGUGAUUCCUGCCUUGCAGAUGGAAAUGCGAGAAAUUGUGCUAUGGUCAGGUAGUACGAUUGUUUUAGCCUGGAUGAGAAAACCGCUUGAUCAACUUCAACAGUUUGUCCGUAAUCGCAUCGCAGAAAUUCGUAAAUUCACCGCAGAAUGUCAGUGGAACUAUAUACGAUCCCAAUCGAACCCAGCAGAUAUAGUUACACGAGGACAAUUACCCGAAGCAUUGAGCCAGAACUACCUUUGGUGGAACGGACCGAAGUUCCUCGAAGGUCCGGAUUAUCCCGUCGACGAAAUAGCGCAUGUUCCAGAUCAGCUCCUGCCCGAGUUAACAGUUGUGGUAGCAACAUCAACGCUAAAUAUAGAACCUUUAUCCUUCCUACACAAACACAAUAAUUUUCGCAAACUUCAACGAAUUAUGUCGUAUAUUAUUCGAUUUGUUGAUAACUGCCGACAGAAAAAUCCGCUAGAUCGCAGAAAAUCAAAUCAUCACACUGUCAUCGAGCUACGACGAUCAACCGAUGCGAUAUUUAAGAUUUUGCAGCACAUACAUCUCAGUGAUGAGAUUCAACGAGUUCUAUCCAAUCAACCGUGUAAACGAAUAGGAAAUUUGAGACCAGUAUACAAUGAGGGCUUGCUUCGAGUUGGAGGCAGAUUGGAUCAUUCAACAUUGCCUUUUGCUUCCAAACACCAGAUUAUUUUACCCGAUAAGGAUCCGAUAACUAAAGCUUUCAUAAGAACGAUGCACGACGAAUUACCAUGUCGGCCAAACAGGACUUAUCAAUGCCAUUCAGCAGCGAUAUUGGCUAACCCGCAGUUGUAUUCGUUGCUUCCGAACAAAUCCGACCGAUACUACACAGCUUAUGGGGAGCCUGCCAAGAUCACGUGUAGUUCCGUCCCCACCAUUUGCAGUAACUGGUGUCGAAUAUGCCGGUCCAUUUUGGAUAAAGGAAGGAGCACGACAUCCGAGAUUAAUUAA